GUUUCUCGGGCGCUCACUGUGAGAUUGACAUUGAUGAGUGUGACCCCGACCCGUGCCACUAUGGGACCUGCAAGGACAGCAUCGCCUCCUUCCCCUGCCUCUGCCGGCCUGGGCCCAACUGUGAGAUCAACCUGGAUGACUGCGCCAGCAGCCCCUGCGACUAUGGCAAGUGCAUUGACAAGAUCAACGGCUACGAGUGCACCUGCGAGCUGGGGUACACAGGGCGCAUGUGCAACAUCAACAUCGAUGAGUGCUCCAGCAACCCCUGCCACAACGGGGGCACGUGUAAGGAUGGCAUCAACGGCUUCACCUGCCUCUGCCCCGAGGGCUUCCAUGACCCAAAGUGCCUGUCCGAAGUGAAUGAGUGCAACAGCAACCCCUGCAUCCAUGGGAAAUGCCACGACGGGCUGAACGGCUACAGGUGUGACUGCGACCCAGGCUGGAGUGGGACGAACUGCGACAUCAACAAUAACGAGUGUGAAUCCAAUCCCUGCAUGAACGGUGGCACCUGCAAGGACAUGACCAGCGGCUACAUCUGCACAUGCAGGGAGGGCUUCAGCGGACCCAACUGUCAGACCAAUAUCAAUGAAUGUGCCUCCAACCCCUGCCUGAACCAGGGCACGUGCAUCGACGAUGUCGCUGGCUACACCUGCAACUGCCUCCUGCCCUACACAGGAGCCACCUGCGAGGACGUGCUGGCCCCCUGCGCUGGCAGCCCCUGCAAGAACGGCGGCGAGUGCCAGGAGUCGGAGGACUACAAGAGCUUCUCCUGCAGUUGCCCCCCUGGCUGGCAAGGUCAGACCUGCGAGAUCGACAUCAACGAGUGCGUGAAGAGCCCCUGCCGCAACGGGGCCACAUGCCAGAACACCAACGGGAGCUACCGCAGAGCGUGCCCCUGCCGGCCCGGCUCCCCCGGCCGCAACUGCGACACUGACAUCGAUGACUGCAAGUCCAAUCCGUGCCGCAACGGUGGCUCCUGCUCCGAUGGCAUCGGCACGUUCUUCUGCGAGUGCCUGGCUGGUUUCCGUGGGCCCAAGUGUGAGGAGGACAUCAACGAGUGCGCCAGCAACCCCUGCAAGAACGGUGCCAACUGCACCGACUGUGUCAACAGCUACACCUGCACGUGUCCCUCCGGCUUCAGUGGCAUCCACUGCGAGAACAACACUCCUGACUGCACAGAGAGCUCCUGCUUCAAUGGCGGGACCUGCGUGGAUGGCAUCAACACCUUCACCUGCGUGUGUCUGCCCGGCUUCACGGGCAGCUACUGUGAGCAUGACAUCAACGAGUGUGACUCCAAGCCAUGCCUGAACGGGGGCACGUGCCAGGACAGCUAUGGGACAUACAAGUGCACUUGCCCCCAGGGAUACACCGGGCUCAACUGCCAGAACCUGGUGCGUUGGUGUGACUCCUCUCCCUGCAAAAAUGGGGGCAAAUGCUGGCAGACCAACAACCUGUACCGCUGCGAGUGCAACAGCGGGUGGACAGGGCUCUACUGCGACGUCCCCAGCGUCUCCUGCGAGGUGGCUGCUAAGCAGCAAGGUAUCGACGUAGCACAUCUCUGCAGGAACUCGGGGCUCUGCGUGGACACUGGCAACACUCACUUCUGCCGCUGCCAGGCUGGCUACACUGGCAGCUACUGCGAGGAGCAGGUCGAUGAGUGCUCCCCCAACCCCUGCCAGAACGGAGCCACCUGCACAGACUACCUGGGAGGCUACUCCUGCGAGUGUGUGGCCGGUUAUCAUGGAGUUAACUGCUCAGAGGAGAUCAAUGAGUGCUUGUCCCACCCGUGCCAGAAUGGAGGAACCUGCAUCGAUCUCAUCAAUACCUACAAAUGCUCCUGCCCCAGAGGAACUCAAGGGGUGCACUGUGAGAUCAAUGUGGAUGACUGCAGCCCUUUCUUUGAUCCUGUCACCCUGGGGCCCAAGUGCUUUAACAAUGGCAAGUGCACGGAUCGGGUAGGUGGCUACAGCUGCAUCUGCCCCCCUGGCUUUGUAGGGGAGCGCUGCGAGGGAGAUGUCAAUGAGUGCCUGUCCAACCCCUGCGACGCCCGCGGCACCCAGAACUGCGUGCAGCGGGUCAAUGACUACAAAUGCGAGUGCCGGCCUGGCUACGCAGGCCGUCGCUGUGACACUGUGGUGGAUGGUUGUAAAGGCAAACCCUGCAGGAACGGUGGAACGUGCGCGGUUGCCAGCAACACCGGCCGUGGCUUCAUCUGCAAGUGCCCCCCGGGAUUCGUGGGUGCCACUUGCGAGAACGACUCCCGCACGUGCGGGAACCUGCACUGCCUGAACGGCGGCACCUGCAUCUCCAUCCACAAGAGCUCCAAGUGCAUGUGUGCGCCGGCCUUCACGGGCCCUGAGUGCCAGUACCCGGCCAGCAGCCCCUGCACGUCCAACCCCUGCUACAACGGUGGCACCUGCGAGUUCUUCAGCGAUGCCUCCCCCUACUACCGCUGCAACUGCCCCGCCAACUUCAACGGCCUCAACUGCCACAUCCUCGACUUCGACUUCCAAGGCGGGAUCGGGCAGGACAUCAUCCCACCCAAAAUCGAGGAGAAGUGUGAGAUCGCGGUGUGCACGGGGUACGCCGGCAACAAGAUCUGCGAUGGGAAAUGCAACAACCAUGCGUGUGGCUGGGAUGGGGGCGACUGCUCCCUCAACUUCAACGACCCCUGGAAGAACUGCUCCCAGUCCCUGCAGUGCUGGAAGUACUUCAACGAUGGCAAGUGUGACUCCCAGUGCAAUAACGCUGGCUGCCUCUAUGAUGGAUUUGACUGCCAGAAAUACGAAGGGCAGUGCAACCCUCUGUAUGAUCAGUACUGCAAAGAUCACUUCUCAGAUGGUCACUGUGACCAGGGCUGCAAUAACUUCGAGUGUGAAUGGGAUGGUUUGGACUGUGCAAACAACAUGCCAGAGAAGCUUGCCGAUGGCACGCUGGUGGUGGUGGUCCUCAUCACUCCUGAGAACCUGAAGAACAACUCUUUCAACUUCCUGCGGGAGCUGAGCCGUGUCCUGCACACCAACGUGGUCUUCAAGAAGAACCCCAAGGGAGAGUAUAUGAUCUUUCCAUACUAUGGCAAUGAGGAGGAGCUGAAAAAGCAUUACAUCAAGAGGUCAACAGAGGACUGGUCAGAUAUGUCUAGCGCUGUCAUCAACAAAGUAAAGAGCAGCCUGUACUCCAGGGCUGGCAGAAGGCAGAAGAGGGAGCUCGAUCAGAUGGACAUCAGAGGAUCCAUCGUCUACUUGGAAAUCGAUAACCGCCAGUGCAUCCAGUCAUCUUCCCAGUGCUUCCAGAGCGCCACUGAUGUGGCAGCAUUCCUGGGGGCCUUGGCCUCCCUUGGCAACCUGAACAUACCCUACAAAAUAGAAGCUGUUAAAAGUAAGUGCGGUGAAACAGCCGAGCCCACGAAGAACUCCCAGCUGUAUCCUAUGUACGUGGUGGUGGUGGCUGUGCUGGUCUUGCUUGCUUUCAUCGGAGUGGGAGUACUGGUGUCUCGUAAGCGGCGCAGGGAGCAUGGGCAGCUCUGGUUCCCUGAAGGCUUCAAAGUGACAGAGUCGAGCAAGAAGAAGCGACGAGAACCACUUGGGGAGGAUUCUGUUGGACUGAAGCCCCUCAAAAAUGCUUCAGAUGGCACGCUGAUGGAUGACAACCAAAAUGAGUGGGGUGAUGAGGAGACCUUGGACACCAAGAAGUUCAGGUUCGAGGAGCAGGCGAUGCUGCCUGACACAGACGACCAGACGGAUCACAGGCAGUGGACCCAGCAGCACCUGGAUGCUGCAGACCUGCGCAUAUCCUCCAUGGCACCUACCCCACCGCAGGGAGAGAUCGAUGCGGACUGCAUGGACGUCAAUGUCAGAGGUCCUGAUGGCUUCACCCCGCUCAUGAUCGCCUCAUGCAGUGGAGGAGGGCUGGAGACGGGCAACAGUGAAGAGGAGGACGAUGCUCCCGCCGUCAUCUCGGACUUCAUUUACCAAGGCGCCAGCUUGCACAACCAGACUGACCGCACCGGCGAGACGGCGCUUCACCUGGCUGCCCGGUACUCCCGCUCGGACGCUGCCAAGCGCCUGCUGGAAGCCAGCGCCGAUGCAAACAUCCAGGAUAACAUGGGCAGGACGCCCCUGCACGCCGCCGUCUCUGCCGAUGCCCAGGGAGUCUUCCAGAUCCUGAUAAGGAACAGGGCAACAGAUCUCGAUGCCCGAAUGCAUGACGGGACCACUCCUCUGAUCCUGGCUGCUCGCUUGGCUGUGGAGGGCAUGCUGGAUGAUCUCAUCAACUGCCAUGCAGACGUCAAUGCCGUGGAUGAUCUAGGCAAGUCAGCACUGCACUGGGCAGCUGCUGUGAACAAUGUUGAAGCUGCAGUAGUCCUCCUGAAGAAUGGUGCCAAUAAGGAUAUGCAGAACAAUAAGGAGGAGACCCCACUGUUCCUCGCAGCCAGAGAAGGGAGCUACGAAACCGCCAAGGUCCUGCUGGACCAUUUUGCCAACCGGGACAUCACGGACCACAUGGACCGGCUCCCGCGGGACAUCGCGCAGGAGCGCAUGCACCACGACAUCGUGAGGCUGCUGGAUGAGUACAACCUGGUGCGGAGCCCACCGCUGCACAACGGCCCGCUGGGAGCACCCACGCUGUCCCCACCGCUCUGCUCGCCCAACAGCUACAUCAGCAACCUGAAGCCUGCCGUGCAGGGCAAGAAGGCCAGGAAGCCGAGUACCAAGGGCCUGAGCUGCAAUGGCAAGGAUGCCAAAGACCUCAAAGCCCGGAGGAAAAAGUCACAAGAUGGAAAAGGAUGUCUGCUUGACAACUCCAGUGUGUUGUCUCCGGUGGACUCCCUGGAGUCGCCCCAUGGGUACCUGUCGGAUGUCGCCUCUCCUCCGCUGAUGACCUCUCCGUUUCAGCAGUCCCCUUCCAUGCCUCUGAACCAUCUGCCAGGCAUGCCUGAUGCCCACAUGAGCAUCAAUCACCUCAACAUGGCGGGGAAGCAGGAUAUGGCCAUGGGAAGCUCCAGCAGGAUGGGCUUCGAUGCGGUGCCGCCGCGCCUCUCCCACCUCCCGGUCUCCAGCCCCAGCACCGUGAUGAGCAAUGCCCCAAUGAGUUUCUCUGUUGGCGGGGCGUCUGGGCUGAACGGGCAGUGUGACUGGCUCACCAGGCUGCAGAACGGCAUGGUCCAGAACCAGUACAACCCCAUGAGAGGCAACAUGCAACCCGGGGCGCAUCAGCAGACGCAGAACCUUCAGCACGGCAUGAUGACCUCCCUGCACAACGGCUUUUCCCCGCCGCCGCAGCAGCACCACAACCCCAGCUCCAACGCGAGCGGCCACAUGGGCCAGAAUUUCCUUGGUACGGAGCUGAGCCAGCCCGACAUGCAGCCGGUGAGCAGCAGCACCAUGGCGGUGCACACCAUCCUGCCGCAGGAUUCCCAGAUGCUGCCCACGUCUCUGCCGUCCUCCCUCGCCCAGCCCAUGACCACCACGCAGUUUCUAACUCCACCUUCCCAGCACAGUUAUUCCUCCCCCUUGGACAACACCCCCAGCCACCAGCUCCAGGUGCCCGACCACCCUUUCCUAACGCCAUCUCCGGAGUCUCCGGACCAGUGGUCCAGCUCGUCUCCUCACUCCAACGUGUCCGACUGGUCCGAGGGCAUCUCCAGCCCUCCCACAAGUAUGCAGUCACAGAUGGGACACAUCCCCGAAGCCUUCAAGUGA